GCGACGCCGCGCCGGGUCUCAGCAGCUGCCUCGGAGCCGCCGGAUUGAGUCGGCGACCGACCGCGCCCGACCCGCCAUGGCCGAGAGCGACUGGGACACGGUGACGGUGCUGCGCAAGAAGGGCCCCACGGCGGCCCAGGCCAAGUCCAAGCAGGCCAUCUUGGCUGCUCAGAGAAGAGGCGAAGACGUGGAGACAUCCAAGAAAUGGGCAGCUGGCCAGAACAAGCAGCACUCUGUCACCAAGAACACUGCCAAGCUGGACCGGGAGACAGAGGAGCUGCACCACGACAGGGUGACCCUGGAAGUUGGCAAGGUGAUCCAGCAGGGCCGGCAGAGCAAGGGGCUUACGCAGAAGGACCUGGCCACGAAAAUCAAUGAGAAACCGCAAGUGAUUGCUGACUACGAGAGUGGGCGGGCCAUCCCUAACAACCAGGUGCUGGGCAAGAUCGAGAGAGCCAUUGGUCUCAAACUCCGGGGUAAGGACGUGGGGAAGCCCAUUGAGAAGGGGCCAAGGGCGAAAUGAACACAAAGCCUCGAAGUCAGUCCCGGCUGAUCUCGUCCGGUGGCUUCCC